GAGGGGCGCGCGAGCUGCAAAGCCGAUCCCGCGAAUUCAUUACAGUAAACAUCUCCCGGGGGUGUCAGGAGGGGUGGGGGUGGGGACCUCGGAGUCUACAUUAGCAGACCGGGUCCGAUCAAGGCAGCAGUGUGGCUGGAGCUGCCUCCAGACCCGCGCCCCGCAGACGCUGCACUUGGAGUGAGCCCCGCGCCCGCCCCCGCGCAGCCCGAGCUGCACGCCCUGCUGCGCGUGGUCCGCACAUUCGCUGCGACUGAGCGCCCGCCCAGUUCUCCCGCCGACUCGCGCGGUCCUCGGGCUCCCAGCAGUCCCGGACCCGGCCGGGACGCGCUCCACCGCCCUCCUAGAUCGCCCUACUUUUUUCGGGGUUCGAGGCGGAGAGGGGGAGACGGGAAGAGGAGAGGAGACCAGAGCUGUGGCGGCCGGAGCCUAGAUAAAGUGGCAUGCCCGACCCCUGGAGGCGGAGGUGGCAGAGGACCGGGGAAGACGAUGCCGCGGCUCCGUAGGGGACGUAGGCGACAGCGAGCAAGGCGAGCGGGGCGCUCGGGCGCCGGCAAGCUGCCGGGAGGCGCUCACCACUCUGAAGCUCUGGCCUCAGCUUCCUGGAGCUCCGACGCAGCCAGAGACAGAGCUGGGUUGCAGCAGCCGCCGCCGCCACCUGGAGGACCCAGCAAAAGUUUGGAUCUGGGGGAGGGCGCUGCGCUGAGCGGGAUUACCAGCAGGGCUGAAGGGAGACCUGGAAAACCUUAGCAGGUUGCAGACUCUGUUUAACCAAGAAGUUCCUAGGCUGCUCUAUACUGGCCCGACUUACUAUAGAAGAAGCAAGAUUUGCCUGCCUGGCUGGACUUCUGUUGACAGUACUUAUCACACGGCGUCACUCUUUGCUCAUGCGGCAAAUUCUCCCUGUGGAGUUGUUUUGCACAUGGAGGACCACUGCGUGAGGGGCAACCUAGGCAGAUCAGACUAAACACAUCAGAAGGAUUGUUUUACCAUCUGCCCUCAGGUCGUUUCCUCUCAACAGAAGUUCUAGACUUUGACAGAACCUGAUCCGGUCAUUUUGCUUUUGUUUUCUUGUUUUCACUGUUAUUUGUCGUUGCUUUUGAUUUUAUUUUCUCCCUUCAUCACAUUGUAUUUUAUUUCUGUCCUUCAGCAAUGGGCCUGCAGACUACAAAGUGGCCCAGCCACAGGGCUUUUUUUCUAAAAUUUUGGCUUAUGAUUUCCCUGGGGCUCUACUCACAAGUGUCAAAUCUCCUGGCCUGCCCUAGUGUAUGCCGCUGUGACAGGAACUUUGUCUACUGUAAUGAGCGAAGCUUGACCUCAGUGCCUCUUGGGAUCCCGGAGGGCGUAACCGUACUCUACCUCCACAACAACCAAAUUAAUAAUGCUGGAUUUCCUGCAGAGCUGCACAAUGUACAGUCAGUGCACACGGUCUACCUUUAUGGCAACCAACUGGAUGAAUUUCCCAUGAACCUUCCUAAGAACGUCAGAGUCCUCCACUUGCAGGAAAACAACAUUCAGACCAUCUCGCGGGCUGCUCUCGCCCAGCUUCUGAAGCUGGAAGAACUCCACCUAGACGACAACUCCAUAUCUACAGUGGGCGUAGAGGACGGAGCUUUCCGAGAGGCCAUUAGCCUCAAACUGUUGUUUUUAUCAAAGAAUCACCUGAGCAGCGUGCCUGUUGGGCUUCCUGUAGACUUGCAAGAGCUGAGAGUAGAUGAGAACCGAAUUGCCGUCAUAUCAGACAUGGCCUUUCAGAACCUCACAAGCUUGGAGCGUCUGAUUGUGGAUGGGAAUCUCCUGACCAACAAGGGCAUUGCUGAGGGCACCUUCAGCCAUCUCACCAAGCUCAAGGAAUUUUCCAUAGUCCGGAACUCGCUCUCCCACCCACCUCCGGAUCUCCCAGGUACGCAUCUGAUUAGGCUGUACUUGCAAGAUAACCAGAUAAACCACAUCCCAUUGACAGCCUUCUCAAACCUCCGUAAACUGGAACGGCUGGAUAUAUCUAACAAUCAGCUACGAAUGUUAACUCAAGGGGUCUUUGAUCACCUCUCCAACCUGAAACAGCUCACUGCUCGGAAUAACCCUUGGUUUUGUGACUGCAGUAUUAAAUGGGUCACAGAAUGGCUCAAAUAUAUCCCUUCUUCUCUUAAUGUGCGUGGUUUCAUGUGCCAAGGUCCUGAGCAAGUCCGGGGGAUGGCCGUCAGGGAGCUGAAUAUGAAUCUUUUGUCUUGUCCCACCACAACUCCUGGCCUACCUAUCUUCACUCCAGCUCCAAGUACAGUUGCUCCAACAACUCCGUCUCCUACUCUCUCUGUCCCAAGUCCCAGCAGAGGCUCUGUGCCUCCAGCUCCUACCCCAUCGAAACUUCCCACCAUCCCUGACUGGGAUGGCAGAGAAAGAGUGACCCCACCUAUUUCUGAAAGGAUCCAACUUUCCAUCCACUUUGUUAACGAUACUUCAAUUCAAGUCAGCUGGCUGUCUCUCUUUACUGUGAUGGCAUACAAACUGACAUGGGUCAAAAUGGGCCACAGUCUUGUAGGGGGCAUUGUUCAGGAACGAAUUGUCAGUGGCGAGAAGCAACACCUGAGUUUGGUUAAUUUAGAGCCCAGAUCCACCUAUCGGAUUUGUUUAGUGCCGCUGGAUGCGUUCAACUACCGCACUGUGGAAGAUACCAUCUGUUCGGAGGCCACUACGCAUGCCUCUUAUUUGAACAACGGCAGCAACACUGCUUCUAGCCAUGAGCAGACAACUUCCCACAGCAUGGGCUCCCCUUUUCUGCUGGCGGGCCUCAUCGGGGGUGCAGUGAUUUUUGUGCUCGUGGUUUUGCUCAGCGUGUUUUGCUGGCACAUGCACAAAAAGGGACGCUACACCUCCCAGAAGUGGAAAUACAACCGGGGCCGACGGAAAGAUGACUAUUGCGAGGCAGGCACCAAAAAGGACAACUCCAUCCUGGAGAUGACGGAAACCAGUUUUCAGAUUGUCUCCUUAAAUAACGACCAGCUCCUUAAAGGAGAUUUCAGACUGCAGCCCAUUUAUACCCCAAAUGGGGGCAUUAAUUACACAGACUGCCACAUCCCCAACAACAUGCGAUACUGCAACAGCAGUGUGCCAGAUCUGGAGCAUUGCCAUACGUAACAGCCAGAGGUCCAACGUGAGAAAGGUGGACAACCAAACUCUCAAGAACACACAUGUGUGUGCACAUAAAGACACGCAAAUUACAUUUGAUAAAUGUUACCCAGAUGCAUUUGUGCAUUUGAAUACUCUGUAAUUUAUACGGUGUACUAUAUAAUGGGAUUUAAAAAAAAAGUGCUAUCUUUUCUAUUUCAAGUUAAUUACAAACAGUUUUGUAACUCUUUGCUUUUUAAAAUUAAAAAAAAAAUGUUGCUGAAGUACUGUACUGGGUUGUACAAUGAGGACCCAAUGCCAAGGCAGAAGAAUGAGUGAUUCAUACUUAAGAUGCAUAUUAACCACUUUGCUGUUGAAGCUGUAGAGCUGAUAGUCAUAUAAAAGGAUAGAUUCAGAUGGGCUCAUCAGGGUAAGAGGAAUAGUUUGAGUAAAGAAAGAAUGGCCUAGUUAUUUCUAUGUUUUCUAUACCUCCUGGCCUGGAAGAAACGCUGUUUGAAAAAUCCAUAAUAUAAUAAUAGAGGUAGUUAUUCCAAUUUGACCCAGUACAAGAAAUAGAACAUCACAAGGAAGCCAGUUCCCAUGAGAUAAGUUAGGCCUACUUGACCAAAUCAAAGAAAGUGAGAGAUUUGAAAUGUCCUUAAAACCCCAGGGUUGGCUUUCUGACUGUGAACUUCAAAAUCACUCUUCAUGCUUCCCUGGCCUUAUGUGAUAACAGAGUUGGAAACCUGAGUCUGAUUCUAGUCAUCUUCAGGGACCAAUAUGAUCAGUUCUAGCAAGAAAAUUCCCCUUAAAACCGUCACUAUUCAAAUCACAUGUCAGGUUGAAUCAUAUCCAACAGAGUUAUAUUCUAGAAUAAUUUUUUUAGAAGAGGCUAAUAAAAAUAAUGGGAAGAAUUAUAUUGAAUGGAAUUAUUUUUGAUAAUGAAAAUUAUUUGGGUAGAUUCACUAAGGCUACAUCAACAUGGUGUUUAGACCAACAAAGAACAGUGUUUGGAAUAUAUUACAGUAAUGGUGUUUAUUUAAAGAGUACUAAUACCACUUAGAAAAAAAUCAAUGAUUCUCUUACACUGUGUCUGCUGGCUUUGCUAGUAUCAUGUUGAAAUAGCUUGAAUUAAUACGUAUAUCCCCUCUCAAAUUCUUGUCUUCCAAUCAUCUUGCAUAUAUAUAUUUUUGUGAUUAAGUUGUAUAUGCCACCUUUGUUUUCUCCCUCUGCUUGGUAUUUCAAAGAAAAUUAUGGACCCAAAUCUUGGUUGCACAAAAUAUCCCCAUGUGUUUCUACAUAUUACAAUCCGUAUUGACAUUCAUUGCCAAUGGUUCUGUGAAGACACCAAAACUGGCCAAAAUAAUGCGUAUUGUUAAAAAGCAAUACUAUGUUUCCAUUUUGAAUUAACUUCGGUCCUCUUCCACAUUCUGAAUUCCAUUUGUUCCUUUUAGAUUGUGGAUAUCCCUCUAAUUUUGUACUCAUAGGGUGAUAAUUAAUCUUAUGCUAAAAGACUACCAGUGAAAAUGAAUAAGCCAGAGAAAGCAAGGUUUCCCUAGUGAUGGCAGAGGAGGGCCAAAAGCAGAGGGUAUAGGAAAGAGAGGGAUGUCCAUUAUUGAUGCUAGAUAUUUUUUUUGAAGCAAGUCCACUUUCAUAAAAGAUGCAUAAUUUACUCUAAUUCUUGUCAUCCCUUAGGUGUAGAAGGGCUAUAGACCACAUACAUUGUCUAAAGAAAUUUACCCUUGGGGAAUUCUUUUCAAAGCCACAUUUAGGCAUUUCAUUCUGUGUUCCUUUACAACCAUCUAUCACUUUAGGGACUCAUGAAGUAAAUGUCACACUCUUCUUGCUUUCUCUUCAUCUCUAAGCAAAAUAAAACUGUGAUGUGUCUUCUUGUAAAAGUUUAGGUAUAAAAUGCUAUGCAAGCUUUUCUUUAUAGCGAGAGCUUUAUUUUCUUUAAUAAUAUACCCUGACUUAUAUGUUUUAAUCUCCCUCAUCCCUCAGAAUAAGCAGAAAAUAUAACUGCAGCGAUAAUGUUGUAGACACAAGCAUUGAAACUGUGCAGUCAGUAGAGCUGAACAUAGUUAUGAAUUAAUUUAAUUAAUUCUAAAGUGACUCGGGUUUCCUCUUUAGUCUAUUAGCUAGAGGGUGUGGGCUGUUGGUUUCUGUAAAAGUAGGUUCACACAGUGAAGGAAUAAGACCAUCUGGAAUGGUGAUCAGUGUAGCGUUACAUCAUCUAAAAUCAGGACAGUGACAUGGGGCUCUGUGUAUUAGCUGGCUGUUUCCUUUUCACUGUCCUCUUACAUCUCACUGUAGGUAAAGCUGUGUGUUGAAAAAUAUAAUGGUACUUUAAUUUUUGAGGAUUUUUAUUUUGUUAUAAACAAGAUAAUUAUUCUUAUCUGUUUAUAUUGUAUGUUAAACUCCCAGUGGGAUUUGGGACUGUGGAAAUGUCGUUUCUGUGUCCCAGGAGGAAGAGCAGAGAGGUUCCCACAAUAUUGUAUGGCAUCCACAACACUAUUGAAGAGUUGAAGUGGUACUGUAGAGGCCCAGUCAUGUAAAAUGGUUAAGAUGCUUUCAAACUUGCUCUGGUAGAAGAUGUUUCUGGACAAAAAGAAAAAAAAAUCUUUAUUUUGAUCUUAUGAGCAGCAUGACAAAGACAUCUACCAUGAAAAUCAGACUACCAUCUGUAGUAGUGUGCUUGAGGGACUCCUACAUCAGAGUUGAAAUCACAUCAUAUAAUCUGUACUAUCUUAUGAAACUUUAAAAAAACAGAUGAGCAGCAGUUCUUACUGGAUGACAUUUUGGCUGGCAUCUUUAAUCAGGAGACUGUCCUGCAGUUAUAUCUCCUCUGUGUUCGGUUCUCUCUCAGCCUCAUUAUUUAUUCUGAGGUGAUCAGUUAAGAGUCAAAGUUUAGUUGAUCUCAGAUAGUGUCACCCCCUGUCAGUAUAAUACCUCUACCUACACAGAGGACAUUGUAAAAAGAAAAAGAAAAGCAUGGUCACAGAGAUAUAUCAAUAGUUAAACAGAAGGUAGUCACCAAUACCUCCUUGCUUGUAGAGUUGCAUAUGACCCUAGGGAGACCCUGGGUUUCACUUAAACACUGUCACAUGCCUUAGCUAGGCGGUAUAACACUUGGAACAAUCAAAGGCAGACAUGAGAAGGGUGUUCCCUGUUUAUUUAUGAUGUAAGUGAAAAAAUCAUCGCUUGUGAGAAAUGAUGCCAUUUCCAGAUAUUUGUUGAUAUAAUAUUAGACAUUUUCUCUCAAGGGUAAAACAAAAAUUAUAAUGUAAUCUUUUGGAAAAAAUGUAUUAAUGGCAUAGCUAAUAUUACACCUCUGUUUCUUAAUAAUGGAGGUCAUAAUGAUCUUAGUUAUGCCGCACAGCCAGACCUUCCUUCUCCCCUGGAGAAAACGUAGCUCUUCACGUGAGGAGAGCAUCCAUUCCAAAUACAAGGCACCAUUGUUUUCUUCAGAGGCAGGUGCCACACUGGAUCAGCAAACUUCAGCUGCAGCAUCCUCUGCAGCUUUUGACAGUGAAGUGGUUAAUUUUCAUUGAUGUCUUUGUUUAUAGCAUUUAUCUCUGACUUAUCCAAAGGGAACAUUAGAUGUUGCUUUAGAACUUGAGGAUAACACAUAAACUCUUACCUGCUUUUCCAACUGAAUGGGGAAGCAAAAUAAGAGAGUGCCCAACAGCAAAAUGAUACACACACAAAAUAACAACUCUCAAUUCUUAAUCUUGUCCAACUUAGCUUCUUCUUCUUUUUUAAGUUAAAAUAAGAAAUGAUGGGAAGCUGUAUCUACACCCUUCUCCAGUUUCAUCAGCAGGAUUGAAGCAAUUGUUGGCAGUGGGGAUGCUUUUCACUGGUUGUGGGAAAAACAUUUUGUACACAGUAUGAUACUGUUUUAGCAAACCAGGUUGUUUUGUUAUAGUAUUUGGUUUUCUAGCUGCACAUCCACCAGAAGAGCACAAACCAAGGCCAUUGCAACAGGCAUUUUUAAAUUAAUAUAACAUGCAAUUCCAUGCAUACAUAUACAUGGGCUGUUUGUAAAGGUGUCUGUGGGAUGUGAGAUUUGUAACCAGUUAUGGCAAAAUGAGGCAUCACUGCUGUAAGGCCUCAUAGGAUAAUAUUUACUGAACGUUAACUUUGAUGAUCUGUUACUGUUUGAAUCCUUUGUUGACUUGAUUCUGGUUUGUGUUUAGUGUGUUUCUCUGACAAGGGACUGCAAGGGGCUGGAAGAUUCUGUGUCAUGCAUCCUCUGAGACCUACCAUGUUGCACACUUUGUUAACUACAAACUUCACUCUACACUAUACAGUACCUUGUUGAUAUAUUCAGUAAAGGCUUAUUUUAAAAGAAAACCCAUUGUGUUUAUCUGAGUAAACUCACUGUAAUGUAACCAGUACUUCUGCUGUAAUGCAAAUGAAAAAAAGAGAGAGAGAGAAAUUCUUAUACAACAAAGAUGACAAAAAUGAAGCAGGCUUUAAAGUGUCCAUACCCUCCUACUGUAAAAACAGCAUCUAUUUUUAAAGACAGUGGUCUUUUUGUGUAAGAGGAUAAUGUGGUAGUCAAAUGUUCCUUCCUUUGUCCUCACUGAAAUAUUUUCAGAAAAUGAUCUUAUAAACACACCACCACAGGAAGAAUAGCAUUCUGUGUUUGAGCAACACAAGCAGACACGUGUAACUAAUGUGUACAAAAUCACAGAAAUCUUUCUCUUUCACAAUAUACACUAUUGAUUUUUGAAUGUUACCUUUGAGAAUUCUUGUCCCUUUUACUUAAGUAUUGCUCACUGUUCGUCUGUACUUUUAGAUGGAUACUCAAGGUGGUGCAUCUACUCAUACAACUCAGAUUUGUUUCUAGAUUAGUCUUAAAGGAUUUUUCAGAGCCGCUCUCUCCUAACACUUGACUAUUUCACCACUGAUGUAUUUGACAUUGGAUGAAUGAAUCAGGAAAUAAAAUGAUGACCUUUCAGUUAACUAGCAUUACUAAUUAUAGGACUUCAACUGGGCAGUAAACUGUGAAAUCCAGGAUUAGAAGGAAAUUCAUAUUACUACAUUGAGAAGACUUUACAUAGAGUACUGUGAUUGCUAAUCUUCCCUUUUUUUGGAUAAGUUAUGGAGUUUACUGUAACUAGGCUCUCAACCAAUAAGAAUCAUUCAUUUAGUAGAAUUUAUUAAGGUCUUCAUUCACUUCCUGGGCUCUAGGGUGACUUUGGAGACUUUAGAAGAAUACAAUGAAAUCUUAGACAAACCACCUCUAUUUUCCAGCCCACUGGAAAUCUCAAUGUAUUUACUGCUAACCUACUUUUUACAAGAGUAUGUUACAUUUUACUCUGUUAAACUCAUAAAAGAAUGAUCUUGCUAUUUAGGAACUAAAAGAUCCCUUCCUAAAUACUUUUUCUAAGACAUUCUAAUGUAUUCUACACCAUUUUCCUAUAGUAACAGUAUACCCACAGUAAUAAAAGAGGUACAUCUACCAGUGAGGAAGUGAGAUGAUACAGUUUUCAUCAAGUGUCUUAAAAUGUUACAAAGUGAAAGCAUGUUGACAAAGUUCAGUUGGGGCUCAGUUGGAGUUAAGGUUUCAAAUUCACAAGAGAUUGAAAUGGUAUUUGCAAAUUAUACAUGCAACAUACUAAUGUUCUAUUAAGAACCAGAAAAGGAAUCAAUCAAAUUUAAUAAAUGUACCUGGGAAGUGUGAAGAAUACAUGGAGAUAAGUUUGCUCUUACUCUGUCUCUGCCCCUUUCCCUCCUUUCAUCCUCCCCCUCCCUCUUUCCCUCUCUCUUUCCUCUCUGCCUUCCCCAUUGUGUCUUUAAGAUAUCCAUGUAAGGUUCAUUCUCAGUAAUUUUUCAUAUUUUAUAACUAAGAAAAUCUCAGUGUUUGGUCCAUAAUUCCAAGUGUAGAUGGUAGAGUCAGAAUUUAGCUUCCAGCAGGACUACAUAGAAUCUUCACUAAUUGUCUAGCUUAAGGCUGACCUUCAUGAUAAAAUAGUAUUCAGUCUUUAAAGACAGAGCUAUUGCAGGCUUUCAUUGGAUACCAAUACUAACUCCUUUAUCUAGAUGGACACAUUGAUAUUUCCAGGCAAAGGUGGUUCUUAUUAUUUCAGUGAUUUAUAAACCUCAAUAAUGGGGUAAUCUUUCCUUAAUGAUACACAACACAGUCUUGGAUUCUGUUAAACUCAAUGGAUUGGCAGUAUCUGCCAUUAUUGCUUUAUCUUUAUUACCAUUCAUUGACUCUUUGCUGAAAGUUUGGGUACAGAAUAGCACAGUAUUCCUGGGAGUUAAUAUGCUGCAUCAGAAUCUCUUCCAGAAACUGCAAGUAUUUGACACAUGGCCUGGAUUCUCCCUGUUCUACACCCUUCAAGGGUUCACAUAUCUAUGUUUAAAUUUAACUCAUUUAAAUUUAAAUGGUAAUUUAGCUCAUUCCAGCAUUUGCAUGAGCUCUUCAAAUUUGUUUUGUUUUGUUUUGUUUUCUCUCUGUCCUCUGUCUUCAGCCUUCCCUAUGCACUUCAGGGAAACAGUCUCUAGAUAAUGCCUGAGUAGGACAUAGUCUUGGUUUAAAAAUCUGUUGCCUUCACUUGGGAAGUGGCAGUCAGAAGACAACUUGUUGAAGUCAGAUCUCUGUUUUCAACAUUUGGAUCCUGGGGAUCAAACUCAGUUUGUCAGGCUUGGCUGCAAAUGCUUUUACACAUUGAGUCAACUUUCCAGCCAUUGUCCUGUUAAUUUUUCAUAGAGUUGUUUCAUUAUACUCUAGACACCCUGGAAAUCUUGAACACAUUUUACCAAUUCUUUCAGCCUGUCCAUUGCUGAGUACAAUUCCAGGUCCCCAGGAGUCUUAAAGCAAAAAUGCCUUCUACAAAUAGAAGCUUGAAUCAUAUUGAGUAGCCUUGAUCAUACAGCUGAAAAUGUGCUUUAUGUAAAGAGGGAAAACGAUCAGAUCAUCCUCCAAAAAAAAAAAAAAAAAAUCUUUGACUACCCAUUCAUAUUCAUUUUACAAGAAAAAGUGGUGGCCAUAUAUUUGAUUUGAAAUUUUUUAAAGAAUUGUGUUAUGCCUCAAGGGUGUGCUAAGUGAGUAAAUCACAUGAAUUGAAGAACUUCGUUUUAUGUUACAGGCAAAUUCAAAAUUCUGAGCUAGUUUUGGGGACUAACAGCAUAUAAAAGAAUAUCUUUUAAAAUUAUCUUGCAAUAAAGUGGCACAAUCAUGAAAAGUCCACAAAGCACCAGUCCACAUUAAGUCAAACAAUCUGACAGUUUGGGUGUUAAAAUCAAUUUUCCACAUUUGAAAAGCAUAGGUAGAUGUAACUUUCAUUUCUAGCAGUAAAAUCAGAACAGACCAUUGUUAUUCAUUGUCACAGCUCAGAUGAAAACACACAAAGAUCACUCAUAGGGUCACAUUAUAUUGUCUUAUUUUCAGCUAUGGGGAAUCUAUAAUCCUUUCUAGAAAUAAUUUCUCCCUAUGGAAAAAUACGGUGGUAUUUAAAAAGUCAGACUUGAAAUUAGUCUGAUUAAUUUGACAUAGUUGACCCGACUAUUAGCCAGCCAACUAAUGGAAGCAAUAACUUGCAUUUGAAGUUACCUGUUUUCUUUUGUGUCAGUGGGGAUCAUGAUAUUUCAUACAAGGGUCAACCUGUUGAGCAGUUGGCACAGUAUAUGCUUCUGAGGAAACACCAAGUGAAUGACAUUCAGUCCUAUGUUUUGUGUUUUUUUGUUUAUUUCCUCAAUAUAAAGUGGCCUAUAUUCAUUCUUCUGUGAUGAAAAUUCAACAUUAGAAUAAUUAACAAAAUUCUAUGUAGAUAUGAUCUAUUUAAAGGUAGUUGCCUUCCAAAUCCAAUUUAAUUAUGCGCAACUAUGAGUAUCACAGUCAGACAGUUUUCCAUUGUCCUAAUAUUUUUUGUGAUUGUUCUUGUUUUGAAAGAGCUGGAGGAAGUGAGUUGACGCAUAACAGCAUACAGAAAUAGUGGGCUCUUUCUUUCUUGGUGAGGAGGACCAGUGAACAACUGUUGAGUGCAAUGAGUAUACACUGCUUUGUGAAUGUAGCCCAUUUCCUCCAUCAUGCAGGAUGCAAAUAAGUGUGGUUAUUGUGGAAAGUAAAAGAUAUGUAAACAUGUAUCCCUGAGAUUGAGCAUUCAGAAGUUACUAGAGAAGAGAAAAAAAAAAACAUGAUUUAAAAUGCAUUUGUCUUAAAAUCUGUAGGUUUAGUUUUUAUUUUCUAUGUUCAAGAUCAAAACUAAGGCCUUAUAUUAAGCUGUAUUCUGAAUUCCAAAAAAAUAUAUAUAUAUUUUUUUUAAAUGGUUUGAUGGUGGUAUAAGCCACAAUGCCAGCACCAUAACUUGUAAACCCACCCUGGAUUGCAAUGGCCAGGCAGGCAGCAACCCAAAGAGAGAACAUUUCUAUGGCUCUUCAAAGCAGGUGCAAUUUUUUUUUAACCACUUGCCUGUUACUUUUUGAAUCAAUGAGAUUCUUAAUUUUAUAUUCUGGUAGUAAUUUAUAGUCACAUAUCUGCUUUACUAUUUUUUAAAAUAUUUUAUUUUUUUUAUUUGUAUGUUGUUUUUGUCUUGAAUGCAUGUCUAUACACCAUGUACAUGCCUUGUGCCCAUGGACCAGAAGAGGCCUUUGGAUUUCAUGGGACUGUAGAUGCCGACAGUUGUGAACUGCCACAUGGGUGCUAGGAAUCCAAUACUUAUCCUCUGGAACCACUGAGCCAUCUCUACAUAACAUGUCAUGUUGUUUUUGUAUUUUUUUUCUGAACAUACUUUUUGACAAUGAAAGUAAAUAGCAUCAAAUCAGCUUUAUCACAGUGGUUUGCCUCAGCAUUCCUUUCCUCCAUGUUUUCUAUCUUUUCUUCUUCCAAAAAUGGAGGAAACCAGACAUUUCUUUCUUACAUCGAAAUAUAUUUUUCUGCCCAAACCUAAUUUUAUUGCACAAUUGAUUUCAAUAAAAUUAUUUGCCAGCUGUCCAAGGAAACAGCAUUAUGUGAUGUGAUAGAACCAAUCUCUAUUCUCUUUGGACAAGUGUUGCUUGGCUGGCCCUCAAUUUUUUAUAUUUUGUUAGCUUCUUUCCUGGCCUUCACUGGUAAGAUGAAUGUCAAUUUCCCUAGUCUUUCUGAAGUAAGAAGAAGCUGGAGUGAGCUGUUUUGAUUUUGUUGUGUAUUUGCCAUUAAUUUUUAUUUAUUUGUUUGUUCAUUAUUUAUUUUACAUACCAACCAUAGUUUCCCCUCCCACCUCUACUCCCCUUCUCUCCCCCACCUCCUUUCUAACAACACCUCUGACCACUGCAUCCACUCCUCAGAAAAGGUAAGGUCUCCCAUGGGAGUCAACAAAGUAUGGCACAUCAAGUUGAGGCAGGACCAAGCUCCUUCUCCCUGCAUCAAGGCUGAGCAAGGUAUCCCACAAUAGGGUGUAGGUUCCAAAAAGUCAGCUCGUAUGCUGGGGACCCAUGAGAAUGAAAACAUUAGUCUAGAACCUUAGACUACCACCCAAAGGCUAACCUAUUCAAAAAUGACAUAUCUGUUUACUUCCUGGGUGAAAACUAUCUAGAACCAUAGCUGGAGUUUUCUCCAGUCCCGCCUGGGCCACAGCCACUCAGACCCAAAUAAACACACAGAGACGUAUAUUACUUAUAAACUGUAUGGCUGUGGCUCAGGCUUCUUGCUAGCUAGAUCUUACAACUAAAAUUAACCCAUUUUUUAAUCUAUACUUUGCCGCAUGGCUCAUGGCUUACCAGUAUCUUUACAUCAUGCUUCCUCUGUGUCUGGUUGGCAACUCCUGACUCAGCCUUCCUCUUCCCAGAAUUCUCCUCUCUCUUGUCCCGCCUGUACUAUACUUCCUGCCUGCCUACUGGCCAAUCAGCGUUUUAUUUAUCAAUCAAUCAGAGCAACACAUUCACAGCAUAUAGAAAGACAUCCCCAGCCUAGAGCUAGAUUCAGGUCCCUGCUGCAGCUUGUACUAAUGUGAAUCAAGAGCACAUUCAUACAUUGCUUUUCUCAACUGGGUUUGGGGAUUAAAUUACUCACCUCCACGAUAACAGCACAACACAGUGCCUGGUUCAUACCAAAUACACAACAACUCCAGUCACUGAAAAAAUAUGUGGAAUUGGUUUUCAGAAUUUAUUCUAUAUGCAUCAGUUAUUUAGUGGACUAUGGGUAUGGCCACUUAUUUUUCUUGAUUGCUACUUGCUUUCAAAAACCAGAAGAGCUUGUUGUGGUCUCAGAAGUCCUGUGCUUAUGCCUUGGAUUUUAAAAAUCAACAACCAAGGAAGGAGCAUAGAGGAUAUAUACAGAGAUCAUCCACACAGUCGGGGGCCACUGAUUUUAUUAUAAAGUCUAACAUGUUAAACAUUAACAAGUGAUGCUAGAGCAGUGGCUAAGCAAUUGAGUACUUACUGCUCUUCAAGAGAACCCAGGUUCAUUUCUUAGCACCCCCAUCAAGAGGUUCACAGCCAUUUGGAACUGCAGUUUUAGGGAAUUGGUUUCCCUCUUCUGGUCUCUAUGAGCUCCUGCACACAUGUGGUAAAUGUAAAUUCAUUCAGGCAUAGACAUACAUAAAAUUUAAAAAAAAAGAUAAAAUAAAAUGUAACUUUAAAAUAGGUGGGCUAGGGGAGCAGCAAACAUAGACACAACCAACACAAGUGAUGGAAUCUCAAAUGCUGACUUUGAAUCCAUGUGGGAUUCUCCAGUGCUCUCAAAGCUCGGUUUCCCCACACAUGAGACAGGAUACUAAUACGUCUCAAGGUUUAAUAGAGUUAGUGAUGGGAAGAGGUCAGUGACAAGCAUUGCAACUGAAAAACUACACAAACAAUAGAGAAAAAACCAAGGAGACAUAGUUAUAAGACAUACUGAGUAAAAACCUAAUUAACAUUCCUUGAAAUGUUGAAUUUGUCUUCUAUUUCUGCAAGUCUUUGAUGUUUGAAGCUGGAAGCUGGCAAUUGCUUCAUAUUUACAGGAAUGAAAGUAAGAGAAUAAUACAAAGGAUAAUAUUAAAUCAUAAGCAUGUAGUUUAAAAUAAACAGAACAGAUUUUAACACCAGCUCUCCCACUCCAUCCUCCAUCUCUGGAAAUACAUUUUUUAAAAAAAAUCAGAGGAUGAGUUCUUAGAAUAAUUAGAUGAUUCUUUUCCUAACAUUUUCAGUAUAUUGAUAAAAUUACUGUGGAACACAUAACAAUGAAAUGUUAAUUUCAAAGUGCUUAGACUUUACAAUAAUUGUCUAUAAACAGCUUUCUUUUGAUCACAUCACACACCUGGAACAAUAAUGAAACAUUAUUUUAAUAGAGAUAUUUAUAUAGUGUAGACUUCCCAAUAAUUUAUAAUUGUCUAAUGACUAAGAUUUUAAAUUGAUGGCUUUUAAUUGUACAAUUGGAAAGUAAUCAAGAGGACUGAAAUUGAAGUAACAUUAUCUAUUCUUUUAUAAACUUAUUUAUAUUUCUAAAUAACUAGUUCUUUGUCAUGAAAUUUUAAACCUUUAAUUAAUUCUGUGUGGAAAUUUGAUAAAAGAUUAUCAAAUUAUUAAAAUAAUAUUUUUCAAAGUGCAUAAAUAUUAUGGUUCCCCUAAGUAGAAGCAAAUUACAUUUUUAAAAGGAAUUUCACAAAGGAAAUUUAAUAAAAAUAUUUAGAGAUACUUUUAUUGUAAACACUGAAAUUCUACCUGGCAGUUUAUGAACAUCAACAUUGCUAUCUAACUGCAGAAAAUCAGAGGUGAAGUCACGAGAGUGAAAAGAUGCCACAUUCCUAUUAAUCUCAUCUAAUUCUUUACCGUGACAGAUAAUUACAUUUUGAAGAGAUACAUCUUUGGAACAAUUUACUUUGUUAAAUACAGUUGCUAUCAAUGAACUCAUUACUAUGAAGUCUGUUUUUGAAUGCCAGUGUUCCCCCAAAGUAUAUGUCAAAUUAAUAUAAGGAAGGGGUCUAUUUAAAAAUAAAAUGUUUAUGUGAAAUUGGUCAUAUUGUCACAAGCAGCAGAAAAGAACAAAAUAUGAAUAAAUAAAUUGUGUCACUA